AACUUCAGAGUGGAACUGCAGGGUUAGGAUUUCAGAGUUGAGAGAGCGAUUUGGCACUUACACAAAGAGCACGAUCAUCUGUCCUCCUAAAACGCUACCCGUGCUUUUUUACAUGCCUGUCCUUUUAUACCCACUUCUGAGCAACAGCGCGACGCAUUAGAAGCUCCGGGAUGUACACGGCCGGGCUCAAUCCGUUUUAUGCAUCAAACUUCAGCCUCUGGUCCGCGUACUGCGCGGGGGGCUUCGCUGUGGAUACCAUGAAGAAACCCUCGUUUUGCAUCGCAGACAUUUUGCAGGCUGGAGAUGCGGAGAACAUCUCGGGAUCGUCGGCCCUCAUGGUGCACAUGGGACACCACCACCAUCGCGCACAACAGGGGCACUCGGGCAACUCUCCGCUGCGCCCUUCUCCCGUUGCGCCGGAGCCGUACGGUGCCAGGGUGAAUCCGGCGUCACCCUACCACAGACACGGACUACAACUAACAUCAGUACCCAGAACGGCAUUUAACUCCCAACAAGUCCCCCCGCCUUCAAGCAAAGACCUCAAAUUUGGAAUUGAUCGGAUACUGUCAACAGACUUUGAUCCAAAAUACAAAGAAAAGUCGUCACUAAGAGAUCUCGCAUCCAUCGUUAGCUCGAACCGUCAGUCAGGCAUCCACGUCCCCGUUCAGCCUUCAGCCAGCCAGUUCUUCUCCUCCAUAGACCACGGGAUGAGCGACGCGUCCUCCAUGAUGAGUUCACUAGGCAGCAGCAGCAGCAGACAAUCAGGCCAGCAUCAGUUUCAGGACACCUUCCCAGGUCCAUACGCUGUCCUCACAAAAGACACGAUGCCUCAGACGUACAAGAGGAAAAGGUCAUGGUCCAGAGCAGUGUUUUCAAACCUGCAGAGGAAAGGACUGGAGAAAAGAUUUGAAAUACAGAAGUACGUCACCAAGCCAGACAGAAAGCAGCUGGCUGCCAUGCUGGGACUGACAGACGCUCAGGUGAAGGUUUGGUUUCAGAACAGACGCAUGAAGUGGAGACACUCCAAAGAAGCGCAGGCCCAGAAGGACAAGGAGAAGGACGAGAAGGGCGAGAAGAGUCUGUCUGAGUCCGGCGGCAGGGAGCCCAAAGAGCCGCUGGAGUCUGAGUGUGAGAGCGAAGGCGGGAGCGAUUGUGAAUCCGACGAGGCCGGGGAGGAAAGCGCUGAUGGACACUUGGACAUUUCUGAGCACAAUAAGCCCAGCGUGAUCAUGAGCGGGAGCGCGCCGGCGAGCAGCACAGAGACGGUGGCCACAGUCACAGACACAGCGGCAUCACAGGUGCUAAUAUGAGGACGUAUUUAGGUCACGAACAAUCAUUAGAAGAAUGAGAAUUUAUAAAAAAAAAAAAAAA